AUGCCGCCUUGCCCGGCGAACCUCCUGCCUUGGGAGGAGAGUCUGCGGAACAUCCCAGACGCACAGGCAGACGCAUCGCUGACGAUCAUCGAGAAAUUGAUCAAAAACAUCGUUUCUGACCCGACUAACGAUAAGUUCAAGCGGAUAAAGCUCAGUAAUCCGAAAAUUCAUAGCUGCAUCACCAGUGUGGAUCCGGCUUUGGAGGCGCUUCUGCUCAUGGGAUGGGAGCUGCUGGAUGAAGGUGCUACUUGCAUUGUUUGACUAGUUGAAAGCAUUGUUUUAUAUUACGGACAUGGCAAAUGCAAAAGCCAUCAAAAGAUCAAGGUCUUGUUGUAUCAAAUAAUUUACAAGGAUCAUGUUGACUAUUCUAAGUUCCUUUUUACGAAAGUCUAUCCACCAUCAUGUGAAAUCUUCAGAUACUUUGUUCCUACCGGACGACUUGAUGAUGAAUGUGAGCGAUUUCCCGGGCAGAAUCAUGGCUGCAAAGGCUUAUUUUGCAAAGAAAGGAGCUCCUAGAGCAGCUGCGGGCACAUCACCUGUACAUCAAGGAGGAACUGCAGGACCAAGUGCGCCUUCAGCCUCCACGCCAACGACGACGUCUUGUGGCACGAAAUCCAGCGUCGCUUCAAAAAGCGCAUUCCAAUUUCAGAAUAGGUCAGCGAAAGAAGCGGCAGAGAAAAAUGGUAAUAUUUGUUUGUGAAUGUGACGUUGACUGAGUGCUGUUGGGAUACGUGGAGAAUUACUUGCUAGAACAAGAUUCAUCUGAGAAUACAGAGUUAGACUUAGAUCAUCAAAAACAUUUGAUAGAAAAACUUUAUUCGACACGCAGUUGCGAACUCGUUAGCCGAUCUGCGCAGGCAGAAGGCCGCAGAGUAUACAAACAAGGCCCAGGAGCAGGCGGACGCUAACUCGUUCGGGAACUACUUCAAUUUUGGAGGAUCAACAUCGAGUUCAUCACCUACUCCACAGAGUGCGACAGUAAGCAAUGCGAAUCCAGCGUAUCAGCAAAACAUGCCUAUGGGCGGUGGUUCGUCGUCCUCUUCGCGCGCUAGUACAGGGAGGUACCGAGGAAGCAAUGUGGAACUACGGGAGAUGAGCGAGCCAUUGCUCUCACCCGAUCGGAGUGGAGGAGGGGACCCAACUGUGGGAGCAGAUCCGCACGUCAGGCCCUCGCAUAACUUCCAGAAGCAAGUGGAGCGAGAGGCAACAGAGAAGGCAGCAGCGCAAGACGACUUGCGGUCAUUGCAAAAAGCAAAGUAUAAGCAGUACAAAAACGACCCGGCCCUGCAACAAAGGGCCCUGCAGAACCAGAAUCGUUUGCAGGGUAGUUCAAGCAGUAGUCAGCCAAGCAAUGACGACGGCGGGUCUUGGUGGAAUCCCUUUUCUGGUGGUGGCGGGUCCGGAGGCUCGGGCGGAGGUCCGCCACCCAGUGGCGGCGCAAACCGACCGAGGAUGAAAACAGUAAAGGACCUGCCUAAACCGGUUCGACGAGGCUGAGGCUAAAGUCUGUCGUUCCGUAUGAUUGUAGGUAAGCGUAAGUGCUAGAAGCUUGUCUUCUUGCACUGUGCGCUUGACUUCCUACAGUUGUAUUGAAGAGCGAUGGACGUAAAACGACCAUAGUAGAGUUGAAUUAGAUAUUGGAUUCAUUUCUUGCUUCGGAUUUUUGAUUUCCCUGGUAGUUCUACACCACAGGCAAAUAUCCGAAGUGCUGAUGCAAAACUUCAAAAUCAAGUUUCAACCAAAACUUCUUUGAGAACAUAGUUUGUAGUCGUACUUUUACAGGAUGAACAAUUUAGAGCUGCUAUCAUGAUUUCCCAGAACCUAAAUCUAAAAUCGUACAUUUACAAGGAUCAUAAUAUUCCUUAAAGACUCGUCGUCCGUCUAUUUGGCAAUAUCCUCUCGUAAGCCAACAUAUCCAUCUCAUUCGAACACCUCUGUAAUUAGACACGUUUACGUUUAUGUUGCUAUCUGGCGCUGUCGCUGUGCCUUCAGGCUUCCCGCGGGGUGAUUGAAUGGAACUAUUGCGGGAAAUUGUAGACCAAAUUGUCGACCCAGGUAACAAAAAAAAAGGCGCUCAAGGUGGCAGCGUGAAUGAAUGAAUGAAUGAAUGAAUUUAUUGUGAUUUGUCCGCACUAGGGUUCUUGUCGUCCACAAGAUGUUUUCGUUGAGGAUCGAUUAGGCCUGCAGCUGUGUUAAGACAAUGAUUUUCAUCUUCAUCUUAUUGUAUGUUGGCUAACAGAGUUAAAGCGAAAGAAAGCGCUCUGUUCAAGGUUUGGUCGUGGGAUAUCAAGGAUAUAUGGCGCUCAUCCAUUGCUUGGCGUGGGACAGGGAUUGCCUCUCAAGACGAUACCUAAUUGUAAUUCAUUUUUACCUGCUCGCCCAACUCCGACGACUUUCUCUCAUGUACCUGUGAAUGGGAAGAAUGACCAAGUUUUGACGUUGAUUGCCCCCGCCCCAUUAGAUAAAGGAUGCUGCUGCCUUAUCUUUAAAUCCUAUCUGGUGCACAUUAAGAAAGAAUCCAGAGUAUGAAAGAUCAC